AUGUCACAUUCACCUGAUCAUUCACACCCAAUUGAAGAUAGUGAAAAACUAAAACGCUCAGAAGUUGUUCGUGAAUUAGUUUUGCAAGAAGCCGUAAAGAACUAUCGACCACCAGAGAUCUUUAGCGCAGUUAAGGAGAUUGCAACUGAAACACUGGAUUUAGGUGAAUGUGUUAAGGAGUUGAGACUGAAGGAAGUUACGAAUAUAAAGUAUAAGGUACGUGGACCUCUUGACACACAUCUUGUUGGUGAUCCCAAGAGAGAAUUAGAUAUUCGAGAGGCCAUUUCUUUCUUGAAAAAUCGAGGAUACUUGGUUGAACGUUAUGAAAUUCCUGACCUGUCCACUUACGGGUUCGUUUUUAUGCAUCCAAAUCAUCUCAAAAACCUUGAGCAACAUAGCUGGCUAUCUCUUAUAGACUCAACACACAAGACAAAUAGAUACGAUUGUCGCUUAUUCACCUUAUAUAUUCGCAAUUCUUAUGGAUGUUGGGACGUUGGGGCUCACUUUUUCGUAAGUAAAGAAAACAGUGAAACUGUUGCAAUGGAGUCUAAUGCUAUCAAAAUGGCUUUUCCGGGUCUUAAGAAUGGUGAACAAGAGUGUGAUGUUUUCUUUUGCACGGUGCAUGUCAUGCGUACCUGGAUGAGCAAAAUUUACGAGAAAAAGACACGACAAAAAAUGCUUCAUGCCAUGCACAAAAGGACUAGAAUCGGGUGUGAAAGCCUUAUUCAAGAAGCAAUCAAUGAAUGUGCAAAUCUGACGAUCAAGAAAUAUAUUUUAAGAAAUUACGCAAAAAAUAUGCACCAAUGGGCACUUUGGGCGAGGCAGCACUCUCCCCUACUUUUGCAGGUGACUUCAACGAAUGUCUUAGAGUCAUAUCAUAGUGAAUUAAAGAGGAUAACCUCACCAAAACACGGGUUAAUUGUUGCGCUUGAUGACAAAAAACAGACUGAUUCAGAACGUGUCGCCUAUGAAUUUCGCACCAAAAAAAUCUCUUUCAUUGGUGUUGAUGAUGAGAUUCUCACUGAAAUCCAUAAAUUCCCCUUUCCUGUUCAACAAAUGAUUAUUAAAGAAUAUUGCGCUGUUGAUGGAUGA